CGGGCCGCGAAUUGCGAGUGUGUGAGUGAGCGGCGGCUUUUCGGUGGCGUUUUGGGCCGCUCUGCUUGGCGGCGCUUCAGUAGAAAUUGUCGGCUGAUGGACCGCGGGCGAGGCACGAAGCCAACUCUCAAUUUCCACUGCUACCACCGCCACUGCCACUGCCACAAAAAUUGAUCGAAUCGAUGCGCCGGUCCCGCGAUUCGCGUGCAGUUAGUCGAAUUUUUGACGGUCGAGUGACAAGGUGCGUCGCGUUCCGAACUCCCAAAUAAGAAUCAUACAGAAGCCAUUAGCCGUCGCGCCUCUGAACUGAGUAAUCGGCCAUUAUCCGCGGAAUAAGCCACACGGGCAUGCAAAACUGAAGCGGAAAGUGUUGUGCUCAAGUGAUCAAAGGAUUCGAAUCUAGUUGCGGCCAAGUUAUUGGAUAGCCGGCGAAUACAGUGCUCUAAGUUUAAGAUUUUCACUGGUUUUUGGUUUUGGUCUUGGAUCGGAUCGGUUCUGGCCGGGCCUGGACGCCGUCCGAAUUCGUGGAAGCCGUAAAAAGUCUUCGGGGAGUGGGCCGCCAGCAUCAUCCAGCAUCGAACAUCAGUUCGAGCAACGCCAUUCGGGCCUGAGACUGAGCAUCCUAAUAGCCCGGCGACCACGACGACAUCCAUCAAAGCGUUUUUAUGACGUUCUUGCUUGAAAUUUGAUUAAAAUUCAGCGAUUAACUAAGCAGCAGCAGCAGCAACGGGACGAAAGACAAAAAAUAAAAGACUUAAGACAAACCAACCAACAGCAAAUAAACCAAAAUACUUUACGGAGGCUAAGCGACUGCGAGCGACUACCGAUCGCAUCGGAUCGUAUCGAAUCACUUUCGGAUUGAAUUGGAUUGGAUUGGCUUGAAUUGAAUUGUUGAUCACAUUUCAGCCAUGCCGCAUACAGGUCAAGCUGGUGUCAACCAACUGGGCGGAGUGUUUGUGAAUGGCCGUCCUUUGCCGGACUGCGUCCGUCGGAGGAUCGUCGACUUGGCUUUGUGCGGAGUGAGGCCCUGUGAUAUAUCCCGCCAGCUUCUGGUUUCCCAUGGCUGCGUUUCUAAAAUUCUAACUCGCUUCUAUGAGACGGGCUCCAUUCGACCGGGUUCCAUUGGCGGCAGCAAGACCAAGCAAGUGGCCACGCCCACCGUGGUGAAGAAGAUCAUCCGGCUAAAGGAGGAGAACAGCGGCAUGUUCGCGUGGGAGAUUCGCGAGCAGCUGCAGCAGCAGCGCGUCUGCGAUCCCAGUUCGGUGCCCUCGAUCAGCUCCAUCAACCGGAUUCUGCGCAACAGCGGUCUGUGGACCGAUGAGAUGACUUCAAGUCAGCAGAAUGCCGCAGCUGCUGCAGCUGCGGCAGCGGCAGCGGCUCACCAGGCGGGCAGCGGUCCAUCGAAUGGAUAUGGCGCCCAAGCUCCGCCCCCUCCGGUGACUGUGGCCCCGCCCACACCGGCAGCCACGCCCUCCAUCGCACGCUACGCCAAGCCGCCGGCGUUGAUGAUGAACUCCGCCGGCGAGAUGCCCAUUAAACCCGCUCCCAAAAUGCCGCCCAGCAUGGGACACGGCCACAGUCACGGCCUGAACCCAAAUGUUUCUGGCCUGGACUUGAGUUACUCCGCUCUUCACAAGCACUGGCUGUGGAAUCCCUCCCUGCUCUACUACACCCAGGCUCACAUUCAGGCCCAGGCGGCUGCGUCGGGUGGUCAAUUCCUGCCCUAUGCCGGCGGCUAUUUGCCCCAUGCCAUGGCAGCGGCGGCCGCAUCUUCCACAUCCGCCUUGGGUGGUUUCACCAAGUCGGAGAGCUCCAUCGAUCUUUCGACUCCCGGAGCGGCUGGCGAUGCGCUUAGCGACUGCGACUCCGGUAAAUCCUCCCCGGCGGCGCUCUCACUAACCGCUUCUGGAGGUGGAAAUGGCGCCGCAUCAGCUCCAGAGGCUUCACCAGGAUCGACACUAAGCCACAGUCGCAAGCGGAAUCCGUACUCCAUCGAGGAACUGCUCAAGAAGCCGGAGAAGCGACUACGACUCGAUAGCAACCGUCUGGAGUGCCUGGAGUCCAGUUCCUGCGAGAGCAGUCAGGAUAGUCCAGUUGCUCCACCCUUGGAAACACCAGAGGAUGAGGAUCCCGCCGAGGGGGAGGAGGAGCAAGAAGAGGAAGACAGCGUUGAGGUAGUCAACUAAAUCCACUGAGUGCGCCUUGCCACUGACCCAGUUUUGAUCUGUGUAUAUAUAGCAACCUAGUUUAAUCGUAAACGCCCCAUUCAACCAGUACUAAUUUAAGCUAAGUUGGAACUCGAAUUGAUGGAAUUUCUGUGGUCACACUUUCUUCUCUCUUAAACUGGAUCUCCGAUAAUGAUGUCUUAAACUGAACAAAUUGCUGGAUUAAAAUACCCGUGAAAUUGUAUUUAUUCAAGUUCCAUCCACAUUGAUUGCUAUGAAUAAUGUUGCAAGGGGAUGAUAAUAUAAUAAAGUAUUUAAAUAAAACAAUCCGAAUACGUGUGCUGAGUAAA